UCUCUCUCGUAAUAAUAGUAGCUUCCUCCUUUCCUCCCUCUCGAGGUGUCUCUCCUUAAACACACAUCCACGCUCACACAGUCACAGAGCCACCAGAGCAGCGCGAUGAGAGGAGGAGCGGGACCCACCGCGGCGUUCGCCUCCGGCGAGCCGCUUCCAUCUGCUGCUGCUGCGGCAGCGGAGGAGGUAGAGGAGAACUCUGGCGGUGAGGAGGAAGAGCAGGAGGAUGACGAGCUGGAGCUGGGGCUCUGCCUUGGCUCCAAGAAGCAGCAGCCCCCGUCGCCGGCGCUGUGCCGGAUCCUUACGGCCAGGGACCUGCAGCCGGGGGCGCUGUCUCCAGACUCCUCCGUGUCUUCGUCCUCCCCCGCGGCAGGGGCAGCGACUGAGACGGCGAGCAAGAGGGCCAGGGCUGAGGUGACACCCACCACCACCACCUCGCAGGGAACGGUUGCUUCCGGUCACCCACAGAGCAGCUUUGGAGUGGUGGGAUGGCCACCCAUAAGAACCUUCAGGAUGAACAGCCUAUUUAACCAGGCCAAGGACAACGCCUCAGAGACCGGCACCAAGAAGGCCGCCGCAGAAUCUGAAGUGCAGAAAGACAAGGAGGAGAGUGAGAAAAAGGGACGGGUCGUCGGAUGGGUGAAGGUGAACAUGGAUGGGGAUGUCAUCGGAAGGAAGGUGGAUCUCAACGCCCAGCGCUCAUAUAAGACCCUUGCCUCAACCCUUGAGCUCAUGUUCAUGAAGCCAUCAAUCGGUCUUUGCACUUCUAGCAGCACGAAGUCUUUGAAGCUAUUGGACAACUCAUCGGAAUAUCAGCUCACAUACGAGGACAGGGAUGGGGACUGGAUGCUUGUUGGAGAUGUUCCAUGGGAGAUGUUUGUAGGCUCAGUCAAGAGGCUCAGGAUCAUGAGGACUUCAGAUGCCAACGGUCUUGGUCCAAGGGGCUCACCGAACUGCAGCUUCCACAAGAGGCAGAACUUGAAAUGUGUUCGUGCUAGAGAGAGCUAUACCGCUGGUGAAGCUUGAAAUGUGUUUGAUAUCACAUAAGGGUAGUCCAUAUCUUUGGCAUAGUUGUCAGAUUACUUGUGUGUAGUGGAAAUAGUAGGAGCUGUGUAAGAGCCACACCACUCUCUGUUCUAUUCUAUUUUUCUUUUUCUCUUGCCUUCUGGUGUCCUAUUUGAGGUUUUCUCAUGGCUAUGAGAAUCUUCCCCGUCUCUUUUUGUCCACACUGUUUUAUCUGUGAGAGCAUGGUCGCCUUGAUUGUCA